AUGAAUUAUCAGAACUACAAGAAAGCUAUCAUAUUGGUCUAUGGAGUCACACUGAAAGGCUGGCCAGAGGGUCUUCCUUUCAUCGCAUCAUCUCAUAUGCACACUGUCCUUGAAGUAUGUACCCUUCAUGAUGCUUUGGUGACUGGUGCAUGCCACUGGAAGAAGAUUAUCUGGGGUAAACUUGAGGACCUCCACACAGAUAUUCAGCGACACUCAGAUGCAGGUGAGGUGGUAGGCACAGUGCACAAGAAGCACUUGGAUACAGGCAAGACACGUAAGCACAAAGCACCUGCUGCUAAUGGUGCUACAGAUGCCACUGUGGCCAAAGGGAAUUCUAAGAGAGCUCGAAAAUCGCACGGGGGCAAGCAGGCUGAAAGGCAGAAGAGAACCCAACCAAUGAGCGCUGAAUUCAUUUAA